AUGUUUGGGAUUCAGGAGAAUAUUCCGCGCGGGGGGACGACCAUGAAGGAAGAGCCGCUGGGCAGCGGCAUGAACCCGGUGCGCUCGUGGAUGCACACGGCGGGCGUGGUGGACGCCAACACGGCCGCCCAGAGCGGCGUGGGGCUGGCGCGGGCGCACUUCGAGAAGCAGCCGCCUUCCAACCUCCGGAAAUCCAAUUUCUUCCACUUCGUGCUGGCGCUCUACGACAGGCAGGGGCAGCCGGUGGAGAUCGAAAGGACCGCUUUUGUGGACUUUGUGGAGAAAGAGAAAGAGCCGAACAACGAGAAAACCAACAAUGGCAUUCACUAUAAGCUGCAGCUACUAUACAGCAAUGGCGUCAGAACAGAGCAAGAUCUCUACGUCCGCCUCAUAGAUUCAAUGACCAAGCAGGCCAUCGUUUAUGAAGGCCAGGACAAGAACCCGGAGAUGUGCCGCGUGCUGCUGACCCACGAGAUCAUGUGCAGCCGGUGCUGCGACAAGAAGAGUUGUGGCAAUCGGAACGAGACGCCCUCAGACCCCGUAAUCAUUGACAGAUUCUUUCUAAAGUUCUUCCUCAAGUGCAAUCAGAACUGCUUGAAGAAUGCAGGCAACCCUCGGGACAUGCGGAGGUUCCAGGUCGUUGUAUCGACAACAGUCAACGUGGACGGCCACGUGCUGGCCGUGUCUGACAACAUGUUUGUGCACAACAAUUCCAAACACGGGAGGCGGGCCCGCCGCCUAGACCCGUCAGAAGGUACGGCCCCUUCUUAUCUGGAAAAUGCCACUCCGUGCAUCAAGGCCAUCAGCCCCAGUGAAGGCUGGACCACGGGGGGCGCCACUGUGAUCAUCAUCGGGGACAACUUCUUUGACGGUCUACAAGUUGUAUUCGGAACCAUGUUGGUGUGGAGCGAGCUGAUAACCCCCCACGCCAUCCGAGUGCAGACACCUCCACGGCACAUCCCUGGCGUUGUGGAAGUCACCCUCUCCUACAAGUCUAAGCAGUUCUGCAAGGGUGCUCCUGGGCGCUUUGUCUACACCGCCCUUAAUGAGCCAACCAUAGAUUACGGCUUCCAGAGGUUGCAGAAAGUGAUACCCAGACAUCCAGGUGAUCCCGAAAGGUUACCCAAGGAAGUGUUGCUGAAGAGGGCAGCAGACCUUGUGGAAGCCUUGUAUGGGAUGCCUCACAACAACCAGGAGAUCAUCCUGAAGAGAGCGGCUGACAUCGCUGAAGCAUUGUACAGCGUUCCCCGCAAUCACAACCAGAUCCCCACAUUGGGCAACACACCGGCGCACACUGGCAUGAUGGGUGUGAACUCCUUCAGCAGCCAGCUCGCUGUUAACGUGUCAGAGACCUCACAAGCCAAUGACCAAGUCGGCUACAGUCGCAAUACAAGCAGCGUGUCCCCGCGAGGCUACGUCCCCAGCAGUACUCCCCAGCAGUCCAAUUACAACACAGUCAGCACUAGCAUGAAUGGAUAUGGAAGUGGCGCCAUGGCCAAUCUAGGGGUCCCUGGCUCGCCUGGAUUUCUUAAUGGCUCCUCCGCUAACUCUCCCUACGGCAUAGUGCCGUCCAGCCCCACCAUGGCAGCCUCUUCGGUCACCCUCCCUUCAAACUGUAGCAGCACACACGGCAUUUUCUCAUUCUCACCUGCCAAUGUCAUCUCCGCAGUGAAACAGAAGAGCGCUUUUGCGCCCGUGGUCCGGCCCCAAGCCUCGCCUCCUCCUUCCUGCACCAGCGCCAACGGGAACGGACUGCAAGGCUCUCUGCUGGGUGCCGAGGACGCAACCGUGGAGAAGACAAACUGGCCCUUUUGUGAAGUCGGUGGUAUAUUCCACUUUGAUGAACUAAUGCUCAAAAAAGGAACUGGAAAGCUAUGUCUGGGCUGGUAG